GGAUCGUCGAAAGGCUUUUGCGGAUAUUGCGGUAUAAGCAUCUGUUCAUUUUCUAUAUAAGUCCGAGAGAGCCGACUUUAUCAAAGUAUUAAAUUUGAACGAGAGAUCCGGUUUUAUCAAAGUAUCAAACUUGAAAAGAAACAGAAAUGCCAACAACAAAAUUCAGCGUCGAGGAGAAGUAUAGUUACCUGGAGGGGUUUGGAGGGUAUCAUCAGUCGGAGGUUGUGAGGGGCGCGAAUCCGGUGGGGAUUAAUAGUCCACAAGUUCCGGGUUUUGGGUUGUGUACUGAGAGGAUUUCUGGAACUUCGUUCACGGCGCCAAGAGCAACCAACUUACAGACAUGGAUGUAUCGUGUUCAUCCUUCUCUAUCUCAAGGAAAGUUCUCAGCGAUAUCCACAACAGAUAAUCCGCCAAAAUUUCAGCUUUCUCCCAAUCCACUGCAAUGGAAUGACUUCCCAAUGGAACCUGGCCAUGAUUGGAUAUCUUCUCAGAAAACACUAGCAAGAUCUGGAGAUCCUGCAACGAAGGCUGGUUUGGCGUAUCUUGUAUAUUCCGCAUCCAAAGACAUGGAUCCGCAAACCGUCUUCUUCUCAGCUGAUGGUGAUUACUUGAUCAUCCCACAUGCUGGGACGCUUGAUAUCCAGACUGAGCUGGGAAGCCUUCUUGUCCGGCAGAAUGAGAUUGCUGUUAUUCCUAGAGGUAUCAGAUAUAGGGUGACUGUUCCGAAUGGUCCUGCGAGAGGGUAUAUCUGUGAGCUUUUUCAGGGACAUUUUCAGUUGCCAGAAUUGGGACCUAUUGGUAGUUGUUCCCUUGCAAACGUCCGAGAUUUCCAAAUCCCAACCGCUCAUUUCGAAGGCAGCAUCGAGAACGGAAUAGCAACCUGCCAACCUUCCAACUGGAGCGUAAUCAUCAAACUCGCCGGAAAACUAUACUCUCGCACCCAGGAUCACACCCCAUUCGACGUCGUCGCUUGGCAUGGUACAUACUACCCCUACAAAUACGACUUAGGCCGCUUCAGCGUGAUCGGAAGCACACUCUUCGACCAUCCCGACCCCAGCAUUUCUACCGUCUUAACAGCGCCUUCGCAUCGAGAGCCCGGAACGGCGGUGGUGGAUUUUGCCAUCUUUCCGCCAAGAUGGUAUGUGAUGGAGGAUACGUAUUGGCCGCCGUAUUUCCAUCGGAAUACUAUGAGUGAGUUUAUUGGUGUUGUAGUUAAUAGCCAGGAUGAGGGGAAAGGGGAGGGGUUCAAGCCUUUGGGAGCGUUGUUGAAUAAUCCGAUGGUGCCGCAUGGGGUGGAUGAGAAGGCGCAUGAGGAGGCGAGGGUGAAGGUGUUGGGGCCGGAGAAGGUUGGGAUGGAGGGGUAUAUGUUUUUUCUUUUAGAGGCGGAGGCGAUGAUGGCUGUUAGUGAUUGGGGGAUGGAUGCUGCUGCAGGAGCUGAUGUUAAGGCCAAAUUGUGAUAGGGUUUGCUGUUGUUUCGGAAUGUACG